AUGUUCUCUGACUUUGAAGAUGAAGAUGGUGAUUCAGAAGACUUAGACACAGGUUCUGAGAGUGGUGAUGAACUGGAGCCUAAGCCAAAAUAUCGCAGGUUUAAGCCCUCUGAAAGUGGUAUAGUACAAUUUGAGUGUGGACUGACUUUCACUAACAAGGACCUAUUCAAAGAUGGUGUCAAGGAUUAUGCACUAGAAAACAAAAAGGAUGCGAAAAUUAUUAAGAACGACAAGAAGAGGGUGGUGGUGGCCUGCAAACCUGAGUGUCCAUUCUAUUUGAGGAUUAGCAAGACUCCAACAAGACCAGUAUGGCAAGUGGUGAGCUAUGAUCCUGAUCACACAUGCUGCAGGACAUCAACCAACAGGCAGGCCAAAGCUGAAUUCUUGGCUAGGAAGUUGAUGCCAAUUUUAAGGCAUACACCUGACAUCAAGAUUCCUGGUCUCAUUGAAGAAGCAAGGGUAAGGUGGGGGAUUGUAAUUGGGAGGUUCAAGGCUUAUAGAGCAAAGGUAAGGGCUUUGGAGAUGAUUCAAGGUGCUACCCUUCAGCAGUAUAGUCACUUGAGAAACUAUGCUCAAGAGCUGUUAAGGAGUAAUCCAGGGAGCACAAUUGUGAUAAAGAGCACAGUUGGAAGCCAUGGUCCUGUAUUUGAGAGAAUAUAUGUCUGUUUUGCUGCAACAAAAACAGCCUUUGCUAGGAGCUGCAGACCCUUGAUUGGCUUGGAUGGUUGCUUCCUCAAGGGGGUGUAUGGUGGCCAACUAUUAUCAGCAGUUGGUAAAGAUGGAAACAAUCAAAUGUUUCCAAUCUGCUUUGCUGUGGUGGAAGCUGAAACUAAAGACUCAUGGCACUGGUUCCUAGAUCUACUUUUAAAGGAUCUCAAUGAUGUUCAAAGGAAUAACUGGUCAUUCAUCUCUGACCAACAGAAGGGUUUGGUUCCAACACUGGCAAGCAUGGGUGAUAACGUUGAACACAGGUUAUGUGUCAAGCAUUUGUAUGCUAACUUCAAGAAGAAGUACCCUGGGGACUUAUUGAAAAAUGCAAUGUGGGCAGCGGCUAGAGCUAGUAUUGUGCCUGAGUGGAAAUGUGCAAUGGAGGUGAUGAAAGGAUUGAAUGAGACUGCUUACCAAGAGAUGAUGAGCCUGUCUCCAAAGAUGUGGACAAGAUCAGCAUAUAGCACACACACUAAGUGUGAUUUACAAGUAAACAACAUGUGUGAGGCCUUUAAUAGGGCAAUUUUGGAGCAUAGGGACAAACCAAUUAUCACUCUCUUGGAAGGUCUCAAAUUCUACCUCACCAACAGGAUUGUAAAACAGAAGCAGCUUAUGUUAAGGUGGAGGAACAACCAAAUAUGCCCACUGGUUCAGCAAAAAUUGGAAUCAAUGAAGAGGCAAUCUGACUAUUGGCUAGCUACCUGGUGUGGAGAUACUGGAUAUAAUCAAUUUGAAGUCAGUAGAGGUUCUGAUAAGUAUACUGUGGACCUCCAACUGAGAACAUGUGCUUGCAGGAGGUGGGAUCUCUCUGGGAUACCCUGUCCACAUGCAGUUUCUUGCAUAUGGCACAAUCGUCAUGUGCCUGAAAACUAUGUUGAUGCUGCCUACAGGAGGCAUACGUUUAUAGACACUUAUUCUCACAUCAUUCAGCCAAACAAUGGGCCAAAGCUGUGGCCAGAGGUGGAUGCACUACCACUUAAUCCACCCUAUGUCAGAAGAGCACCAGGGAGGCCUAAAAAGAUGAGGAACAUAAGCAAUGAUGAGCCCAGGAAUCCUAACAGACUUAGAAGGCAUCACACAACAGUCAAAUGCAGGAGGUGUGGAGAAUAUGGCCACAAUAAGAGAACUUGCAGAGGCAAAACAGCAGCAGACAGGACAAUUCCCACCGGGGGAAAUCAGGAUCAUACUCAGGUUUUACAACCUGAACAAAGAACAACUGCUGCAGUCCCUAUUCAGAGUGACUUUGCUGCUACAUUUGGUGCUGGGAGUUCAAGCCAGGGUCCUUUUGUUGCUGGGAGUUCAAGAGACUAUAGUUACAAAUUAUCACUUGCCUAGAUUAGGUACCCAGUGUUAAUAACUAAAGCCCCUUCCACUGGCUUCACAUCAACCCAUAGAUUUUGGUAAAGAUCCAAGCCUCUUGACAUGCUCUGAGUAAAGAAACAAGAUCUCCCUGUAACAACAUCAAAAGUUACCUGCAAUCACAUGUUUCAAAUGAUCACAACAUCCUUUGAUUGAGCUUACCUGCAAGCUGAAGGUCUUCACGUUUGGGAGGGUCUGGAGCCAUAGCACAAAAAGAAACUGUCUCUCCAGUUUGCUACCUUUGGUUGAUACAGGUCAAAGUUACUAUUGUAUCUCAUUUUCUUUGAAAAAUCUCGGGUGCAAUACUCCAUUUUCACUUCAUGUGGCUGUUCAUGAAAUCUGCGGACUCCUUCGGUCAUGUCAUGAAGGAUUUCCUUGGGGAUUCAGUGAUCCACAACCUGAAAAAAACCACAUGUUUCAGUGGCUUCCCGAACCUUGUCAACGAUGCCUUUCCGCUCAGCACCAUCUUCUUGCAGGUUUUCAAGGUCUAAUAAUAACGCUCCUUAAAAUAGACCACAUGGAUCAUCAUGGAUUCACGGGUAUAUAGCAUCUUCUUCUAAGUAUCGUUUGCAUUGAAAAGUGACAAGGUGAGAUCCUAUUCCUCUUCAUUGAAGAUUUAGCCCCUGGAGCAUUUUUAAGAACUUGCAGCUCCAUGAAGAAAAGGUUCAUUCUGGUUUGAGAUAGCUUAGCUUUAAGAAUCGUUAGAAGCCUCCAACUGCACGAUGGAGCAUUAUUACAUUAUGAAGAAUGGACUCUCUUAAAAUAUAAAGAUAAAUGCUAUCAACACUCUCUUUAACACUCUCUUUUUAACA